UUCAAGCAUUGCCUUUUUCUCCGAACACGCUAUCAGUGCUUUGUGCGAGAAACUCGGACAUGAGAAGCUAAAGCACUUGAUCAAUACGCUCGAAGCAGAUGGGCAAAGACGCCUUCAGGCUGCUAUUCAAUCAGACGAACCGGUUAACGACCUCCAAGAACCGUCUCUUGAACUACAGAUGCAAUACGUUAGAUCCUACUUUGAACAGAUAAGCCCCAUUUACCCAUUUUUGGAUCAGGAUCACUUUGAACAGAAGGCUUUCUCGCUUCAGGACAACUCCCUGGAUCCUCUCCACAAGCCCUGGUUAGCACUCUACUAUGCUAUCUUGAGUCUGGGAUGCCUCUAUCAUGAGGGUGGCUCGUUCAAUUCCGGAAAGGGACUGGCGUGGCGAUAUUUUCAAAUAUCAUUUAGUUAUUUUGCCGAUGUUUUGAUUUCGAAACCUUCCUUGUUGAAGGCUCAGGCAAUCUUUGCCCUCAACUAUUCGAGUCUGCAGCUGGAAACUUUGUGCGUCACAGAGGCUGCAAGGGCAGUCAUCACAUUAGGUCUUCACAAGAAAACUCUCGAUCUGGAAUCCGACAUUGAGGGUCGAAGGACCUUCUGGGUCGUGUACUGCAUAGAAAAAGAAUACGCCUUCAAUUCUACCUUGGCAUCGUUUAUAUCAGACGGCGACAUCGGUUGCCCCUUGCCCAGUGCUCAACAUUCCUUGCUGGAAGGAUUCGAUUGGCUACACUGCUGGGCGUGGUUCUCGCGCAUCCUCUCUCGGACCUAUGAUACACUAUUUUCCAUCACCGCGACAUUGAACACGGAAGACGACUACCUCUCAUACCUUGCUUGUAUAAAUCAUGACUUGAAUGCGUGGAGACAGUCAGUCCCAGAAAUAUUCCGUCCAGAAGUGCCAAUCCGCCAACAUCGAAUGAGACACCCUGUCAUGAAAGAGCUCGCUCUACGGAGUCAUCUGGCUUACUACAACCUGAGAAUCUGCCUUUCACGUCUAACGAUCCAUGUUACACACGACAAAGGCUCGCAACGCCGGUCCGAAGCAAAGCGGGAUCUCAUGCUGGCGGCUCGUUCCAUUGUUGAGCUAAUGCAGUUCUGCGCCCUGGAGCCAUACUCUCCAGUUUGGAAUAUCGGCUGUAUGCCACUUGUCGCCAUGUUCAUUCUGUUCGACUUUGUGGUCCAGAACCCCUCUCAUCACGAAACCCGGACGAACAUUUCGUAUCUCGACAUCGUGGCGGCGCAUUUCGCGAGACUCGAUCUGGCUUCCCAGGGAGCUAUUCGAGGUUUGACCGUGGCAGAAUUUGCUGCAGUCGCGAAGCAAUUUGUCAAUGAGCGCGUUGGAAAUCGCGAAGAGGAAAUCUACCCUCCCGCAGUCGGGUUGUCGACCAGAAUUCUCCCCCGACCGAGCCCCGGAGGGCAGGAGAUUGCAGGCGCCGAUGUGAAUGAAAACGCGAAUGAGCAGAAUUUCUCUUUCGACGAAAAUUUCUCUGGAUCUAUCGUGGAUGAUGCACUUGAAUUUCCUGAAGAGAGUAAUUCAUUGUAUAUGACCUUACAGCAUCCCGGAUUCGACAUGGCUGACAUUUUUGGCCAAACGUUUUUAUGA